UUUCAAACUGGGCCGUUUCGCCGAACUUCUGCGAGAAUGGAGAAGGUAAAACCGGGAAGUCGCUAGCUCUAUGAACAGAGAUUGUACAGAGCCGGGGAGACUUCCAGAACUCGGAUCCCUGCGAAAGUCCUGGAAUCUGAAAUUUUAAGUAAAGAAAAGAAAAAGCUCCAAUAAUUCAGCGAAAUCAUUCGGCUGUGCUGUGCGUACAACUUAAAUUUGGCGGUGGAUUUCAGCCCUAAUUUUACAGUUGAAGAGCCGAUCUACAGUAGCACAGUAGUGGGAAGAUGGGAAUCAUAAAGAGCAGUUUCUCCUUCAUAGUCGGCACCGUGUGCGGGAUUUAUCUUGCUCAAAACUACAAUGUUCCGAACGUCAUGAAGCUUGCUAACUCGGCCCUCUUCAUGGCCAGGCAUGUGGAAGAGAAGUAUCGGAAGCCCAAAAAAAGAGAGGACGACGAUUAGCCCCAGCUAUAAACGAUAACGUAUUGACAACAAGGAGAAGAAAGGCCAGAAUGCAUUUGAAGGUUACAGGUUUAGUUUUGGCUGCAGUACAGUGAUUGAGGUGAGGCAUGGAUAUGUAUGGGGAGUAGCUACAUACUGUGAUGUAUAUUUCUUUGUGGUCUCUGAGGGGCUUACUUUGCGGUUGGUUCAAAACUAUCAUAUUUUUUCAAAUCCUAAACCUUAGUUAUUUGAUAUGUAAAAGAUAGUUAUAAUUUA